AACAGCAAACACGGCGUUACCGUUUUAACUCCUCUCUUUCUCACUCGCGCACACACACUCUUUCUCUCUCCUCCCAACUUAUCCAUGGCUUCCACCGCUGCAUUCGUCUCUUUGGCAAAACCCUUCUCUUUACCCAACAACACUUUUUCUCGCAACUCUAAUCUAAGAUUAUUGGGUUCAAGAAGAAAUGCCCUUACAGUUAAUGCGGUUGCUACAAAAUGGGAACCCAGUAAGGUUGUUCCACAGGGUGAUGGAGUUUUGAUUCGACUUGAGGAGCUUCCUGAGAAAUCAGCUGGUGGAGUUCUUUUGCCCAAAUCAGCAGUGAAAUUUGAGAGGUACCUUAUGGGUGAGAUUCUCUCCGUUGGGUCUGACGUUGGGGAAGUUGAGGCUGGGAAGAAGGUUCUUUUCUCAGACGUAAGUGCCUACGAGGUGGAUCUAGGAGCAGAGGGUAGGCAUUGUUUUUGCAAAGAAAGUGACCUCUUGGCAGUAGUUGAGUAGAUCAUUCAGAGGGCUUCACUUGAUUUUACCAUUAGACCCUUUUUUUAGUUAAAAAUCAGAGUUUUCGUUUACAAAGAUAGUCUUUUUGUUAUUCUGCUUUAUGUAAGCACCAAAUUAUUUUCAACCGUCAAUGGGUUUUGAAUUUUUGA